AUGCUCGAGCGCGAGGACUAUCUGUUCGUCGAUUGCCGUUCGUGGAAGGAGUACGACCGCUCGCACAUCACAAAGCCGCCGGCGAAAACAAUCAACGUGCCGCUCGCGCAGGACGCGAGCGUGGAGGAUUGGGUGAAAGCCGCGCGAGAAAAGACGCGACCUGGUAUGAAAUUGUUGAUCGUCGACGCCGAUGGGGCGAGAGUGGCGGAGUUGGUAAGCGGGCUCGAAGCCGCGGGCUACACGAACGCAGUCCCGGUGGCGGGCGGCUACGCGGCGUGGACCGCCAAGUACACCACGUUCGGGCGUAAAGUGCCACCGAAAGGGAAAUUCGUGAGUACGGGGAAGGAGGCGUUGAAGAGCGGGUUGGAUCUCGAUCCCAACGUCGCGAGCGCGUACGAGGAAAACUGGGGUCGAGCGCCGCCGAAGUACGGCGAGGAGGCCAAGUCGGACUGA